AGUAGGCGGGUUUACAGUAGGCUCGUUGCAGAGAGGUACUUCUGUGUUAUGAGCACUAAUAGAUACGAGAUGGCGAUUAUAUGAGCGGCUCGGCCUACAAACAACGAGGAUGAAGUCUGGAGGAGUUCAUAAAGUUGCUUGUAUAAUGGGAAAUGAAGAGAAAGCCACGAGGAUUUAAUUUGAUUCCGAUACGCUGCCUCGGAGCGUUGGAUUUCCCUCUUUUUGUUGCAGCAGGCCGCAGAAACAUCGGGCUGGAUUUUUUUCGCUAGCCCGAGAGGACAUCCGGAACUAUUUUGAAAGUCGGUUCAAGACGGUUUAGCGACGUCUCACUAUUUGACGUGCCGAAAUUAACAAAGUUACAUCCUUUUAUUUAUUUAUUUAGUUAAUUUAACAAAAGUUGUCUGCAUGUAUCGGAUUUUCCAAAUUUUUCAUGGUAGCCCUGGGAAGGCCGCAGAAGCCUUGGGCUAGACUUAUUUGCUAGCCCACUAGGACACCCGGAACCUGACCAGAAACUCGCUUCAAACCGGUUUGGUGAUUUUCAACUUUGGAGUGUGCUCAACUCAACUUAGUUGCAUUAAUUUGUGUCCUACACACUAGUGAAGUCAACGUUUAACAUGGUAUUUAGUUCCCUGAACUAGCCAACUCGCUAGCGCAAUGAAUGAAUGAAUCAGAACAGGCGACGUUUGGAAUCACUAGCUUGCGAUAAACGUCAUUUCUGAUCGGAAAAGUUGUCCUCGUUUGCCUGUUUGGGGGCUAGUUACUCGGCACUCAUCGGCCGCCGCUUCCCCCGCAAAUGGCCGAGGAAUGUCGUCGCUGGGAGUUUGCGGACGGCGUCCGAUUGGCAUGACUAGCUAAUGAGAUGCUAACACAGAGUCCUGGUGCGUGAGAGCGGGGCGCCCGGUCGGAAGCAGCCAAUCGUUACAAGCAUUCGGACCACUUUGGGACACUGAGUGCAUUCAGGCCGUCACGCCAUGGGGAACACGGUGUCAUGCUGCGUCUCCCCGGAGUCGAGCCCCAAGCUGCCGUCCAGGCAGCCGGCGGAGCGGCUGGAGGAGUUCCUGACCAGCACGGAAGUCAGCGACGACAACAGCGCCCCCUAUCUGCAGCACAUCAGCGACAGAGAAGUCCCCGACGAACUGGCCUUAGAGUCCAACCCGUCAGACCAUGCCCGAGUCAGCACCAUCUUUCUUUGCAAGUCACAGACAGACGUGCGUGACAGGAGGAAAAGCAACCAUAUUAACCACAUCAGUCAUGUGUCUCCUGGGCCGCUGUCCAAAAAGUACAGCUCGUGUUCCACCAUCUUUAUUGAUGACAGCACUGUCAGCCAGCCCAACCUCAAAAGCACAAUCAAAUGUGUCACUUUAGCAAUCUACUACCACAUCAAAAACAGGGAUUCUGACCGCUCUCUGGACAUCUUUGAUGAAAAGCUGCACCCUUUAUCAAGGGAGGCGGUGCCAGACGAGUACAGCUGCUUGGACCCCGAGCACAAAGUUAUCUAUCGCUUCGUCAGGACGCUCUUCAGUGCAGCACAACUCACUGCCGAAUGUGCCAUUGUCACACUCGUGUACCUCGAGCGUCUGUUGACGUAUGCCGAGCUGGACAUUUGUCCCUCCAACUGGAAGCGUAUUGUGCUGGGUGCCAUUCUUCUGGCCUCCAAAGUCUGGGACGACCAGGCCGUGUGGAACGUCGACUACUGCCAGAUCCUUAAGGAUAUCACCGUAGAGGACAUGAACGAGAUGGAGCGCCAUUUCCUGGAGCUGCUCCAGUUCAACAUCAACGUGCCGGCCAGCGUCUACGCCAAGUACUACUUUGACCUGCGUCAGCUAGCAGACGACAACAACCUCAGCUUCCCACUGGAGCCGCUCAACAACCAGCGUGCUCAAAAGCUUGAGGCUAUCUCCAGAUUGUGCGAAGACAAGUACAAAGACCUGAGUCGAGCUGCCAUGAGGCGUUCGCUCAGCGCCGACAACCUUAUCGGCAUACGGCGCUCCAACGCCGUGCUCUCCUAAGACCGCCGGACUCAACCCCCCUGUUGUUACUGCUGCCAACUCCACUUUAACACUAUUCUUUGGAUACCUUUUAUUUAUGCACAACUCCCCCUGGUUACAUGAGUGCAACCCUUACGCCGUAUAGUCAUUACAAAAUUAUUGGAACGUAUUGCUGCCACACGCCCCAAAAUAUCUGGGUAAAGUGAAAAUUUUGCGUUUAAAAGUGAGUUGUUUUGAGUUGUAAGGCGACAAAUUUUAAGUAUCAAGAUAAAAUGUUAAAUUUGUCAUGCCGUAGCGUGAUCGUUUUAACGUGUAAAGUUAUAACCUUGUUUUACGUAACAGGAUGUUUCAUAUAUUUCCGAAUGCAAAAGAUAACAUGUUAAGACGUAAAAUUUACCACAUUAAGACAAGAAAUUUACGAUAUAUAUAUGUAUAAAAAACAUUCUUGUUAAAAAGUGAAAUUUAUUGCAUUAAAAUGUGAAAUGUAUUAUAUUUGAACAUUCAAGUUUUUUUGUUACUAUAGCCCCUUUCAGACUUAUAUCCCGGGAUUUACCCGUCUCAUGGCUUUCAGACAUGGGGAGAUGUCCCGGGUUGGACACUUUCAGGGGCCGUUUACAUGGUUUCUCUCCGAGAAUACGAAAAAUUUCAAAUUUGCAUUUGCAUUUGCGUCUCCAUUUGAACAAUGUCACAAUUCCGCAUGAAAACGGUGUUGUAUUCAUGCCAGGCCAUAAGGGGCAGUGCAGAUUUACAGGGCGACGGAGAAUGAUGCACUUUGACCCCACCAAGCUCCCUCAGCCCGGAAAAAAUUAUGCCCGCCCACUCGAAGUAAUGGCAUUUUUCUUUUGUUCAAAAAGGCACAAAAAUGGAAACAUUCAACAUAUUUAAUUGAAAAAUAUUAUUAAAACAGUAAAUUAAAGCCGACAUUCCGCCAUAUUUGCUGUUUUUAAUGUUUAGUAGCACCGCUGCGCACGCCCAGUGUGACGUGUACGAGUGCUGACGUUAACGGCGCGGUCUCGCGCCGCGGGAGCCUUUUGUAUGCAUGCCGAGGAAGCCCCGACGCAAUCGGAUUCUUCCACUUUGGAGGCAGGAUUCAGAAUUUUUCGUCUUCGCCGACACCAUAUGCACGCAAGCGAAUCCGCUACUCAGUUAUUGCGUAUUUGUGUCGCAGAGUCGCCAUGUAAACUGCCCCUCAGACUUGUCCCGUGUUGCAAUCUGUGCAGAGAGGGCGGGGGUGGGAUUUUAGAACCCGGAGAUUAUGUCAGUUUUGGUCAGCAUCGGCAGUAAAAUUUCCAAAGUUGGCGAUGGCUCUAAGAUCCAGUUGCAAUUUAACUUUAUGUUUCCAGUUUAAUAUCGCUAUUUCCAGUUUGCAAUGUUGAUAACAGCGAUGUUUGUUUACCGCCUUUCGCCUUAUUGCGAUGCCGCCAAGAUGUUUACAUCAUCAGCCUUCGUGCUGUGAUACGGGAAUUAAACGACUUUCACACCGGGUAAAUACCGGACAUUAUUCUCGGACGCAACCCAGUUAAUCUCCGUGUCAGUUGACCUGGGAAAUUGUUUUCAGACGUAAGGGCUACCCGUUUAAAUCCUGAGAUUUAAACAGAGUUCAGCGUAUGUUUGAAAGGGGCUAAUGUCACAAAUUACAAGUAGCAUGAACGUAAUACGUUUUGCGAUUAAAAAAACGUACUGUACACUGUAUUGUGAUCAUUUUAAUGUGUAGUUAUAAUAUAAGCUGGUUUUACUUAACGUGAAGGAAUUGUUUCGUUCUGUUCCCAAAUGGAGAAAUUAAAUUGAUGGCUAAAUGAGAAAAUUUACCAGUUAAGACGUAAAAUUUCUCACAUUAAACAGCAAAUUUAUCACUAUUGCUACUCUUUUCCCCCCCUCAUUUGGUAUCCUGCAGCUUAUCGUCCAGUGUAAUUUUUUUGUUGAUUUAUUUGGGUUAAUAGGUAACACUUUAUUUGACAGCGGCGCCGUAACACCGUCAUAAUUAUGACAUGACACUGUCACGGGCAUUAAUGACUGCUUAUGACAAACGUCAUAAACGUCAUUAAAUUUUGUCACUCACUCCAUUUAUUUCCUGCUCGGAUCUUUUAUAUCCAUUCAAAAGUGAGAUAAUUUGCCAGAUGACACUAAGGCUAGGUGCAUACUGCACAGGAGUGGGAACCUCUUGGUACCUCACGAUACGAUACGAUUUGUGAUACAAAGCUCAUGAUAACGAUGAUCUGACGAAAUGGCCAUACAACGAUUAUCGAUACAUUGGUCAGGAAAUCAUUCUGGGUUACUCUACUAAUAAACGGAAAAACGAGCUUCUGUUGUGAAUUGGAAUGAGUUUAUCACUAGUAGACGUACAAUCCAUUUGAACUGGGAGGGUGGCAGCGAAUGAACGAAUGUUCAUUCGCUGCCAUCCCUCCCACUUUAAACGGAUUGAACAUCUAUGGACGUCAGUGGCAGCCAAUGCCAGGCAAUGAGGUAAUUUUGGGCCAUUUAAAGGGUAUUACAACACCUGGGGAAAUGCUAAUAUUCCAUCAUUUAUCAAUAAACGCAUGCCUUUUGGAUUCAUAUCAUGCCACUUCGUGUAAUUAGACACAUUGCAACACCAAGAAAAUGAUAGAUAUUUGGAUCGAUUGUCAAGUUAAAACGACCGGCGCCUGAGAUCCCGGAAAUCUAGCAUAUUGUGUGCGUGACAUCACAACAAGGAAACAACCGACUCAGUGCUUAGUAUUGAAUGGCGGCGAUGAUGGCGGACAAUUUUGUUUCUAGUUGCAGCGACGAAUCCGACGUAACGAACGUUCUUCUAAUGGUAACAAGGAGAGUUAUGAACCUUUCUUUGGUGUUUUGGGUUAUCAAUUUGAGCCCAAACGAAAGCCAAUGCAGCCUAAUGAAAGGGUCAUUGAGGGGAGCAAUCACACUGAUGAAACACCGGCAAGAGAUCGUGUGGGAAACAACGAAAUGUUUGUUUUGCAUUUCUUUUUGUGAAGCUGAUACACCGUGACCGCAAAAUAAAGUAAUGUAAAGAAUAAUGAUCAUUUAUUGUGCUAUCAUAGGUUUUCGCUCUGCCAACAGACACAACUAUGAAUGGGAUUAGAGGAUUUGUUCUACAUAUUUUACGAGCGAUAAUUUAUACAUGUGUCCAAUCCUAUAUCCAAUGCGUGAUAUGUUUUUUAUUAUAAAAGUACUCACUCUGGCCAUUUCCCUCUUUUGCUUUGCCUGGGGUGAUGGGGUGGUCUCAUCAGAGCCAGUCAUCGUCCUCUUUCUUGAUAUCUCGGGACAUUUAGGUGGCUGCGCGUGUAUGGUGGGCACCGCAUCUACGUUCAGCAGCAAUGUCUUAGCAAAACCUGAUUUCAUUUGUCCAUAGUUCGAAUAGCUUUCAGGUGUAAAAUGCGCAUCACACAAAACCGUGCCGGAGGCUGGGUCUGCAAAAUUAGCCCUCUUAGCACGGACGAACUUCACUCAUUGUCUGUGUAUUCCAGCUCUUUUUCUCGCGUUCGGGAACUCAUGGGUACUACAUUGCGACAAAUGGCUAUUUGUACACCACAUAGCAUGACAGCUUUGAAACAUUUUAGCGAUUUUUUUUGAUAAAACACGAACGCAACUCUCUCGUCGAUAAACAACGAUGGCACCUGCCUCGACCUUUUGUUUCCUUGUUGUGACGUCUCCGCCCAAUUCGGCUGUUUCCGGAAUACUUUCGGAAAUGUUUGUAGUUUUCGAUCUUUUCGGUAAUUGCUCAUGAAUGUGAUUUUUUUUUUUGUUUGUUAAUGGUAAAUGGUGUUAUACUUAUAUCUUGCCACAUAACGGUUCUAUUGAUAUCUCAUAGCCCCUUAGUAUUAUAAUACCCUUUCAGGUCAUUUACUUGUUGAUUUUCAGUAACUUCCUGUUGAUUUGAAGGUAUUUUAUAGGUCACUUCCUGUUUAUUUUGAGUUACAGAACAGGAAGUGACCUGGGAAUGCCCUAAAAUGAACAGCAAGUGACCUGUAAAUGCCCUGAAAAUCGGACAGAAUUACUGUGAAUGCGCUGGUUUCGAAUGAACGAACUAUCCCUGUCUAAAUGGAUUGGGCGUCAAGCAGAGUCACUGGCAGCCUUAGAGUUAACUGAGACACUAUUAUGGUGGAAGAUUUUGGUAGCGACUUGAUGGUUUUUUUUUGUUAUUUUUUAAAACAUUGACACCUUUAUUAAACGAUAUCUCAAUUCUUGACAGGAACAUAUCGAUAACCUUUUGGGAGACAAAGUAUCACUAUAUAUCACUAUUUCGAUAUUUUGUCACACCCCUAAUUUACUGCAUGUCUUAAUGCAUAAUUCCGAUUUGUUGUCAUGUUUUUUUU